CCGCGAGAGCGCGCCACGAGUGUGUGUCUGCCUUAAAACAUAGUCGCCACCCGCGCCGGGCGCACGCUCGCUAUUCCAAAUUCGAAGUCGAAUUUUUAAAUUCGGUAUUCCAAAUUUAAGUUCUGUAUUCCAAAGUCGGUUUUUGGAAUUGAAGUCGGUUAGAGAUUUUGUGUGUUAUGCGUCGGAGGCCGUAGUUUUUUGACAAUGGAAGUAAGUGCAAUGCCUCCGAUGCCCCUGGACUUCUCCAUGGUGAGGAAUGGAAGUGGUUCACCUGGUUCGCUUCGGGAAGGUUCUCCGAGACCUGUGUCCAACAGCGCAUUCAGAGUUGUCACUCCAAAGGGAGUAUCAGCAAGCGAAGCCCUUCGGAAUGGCCUCUGCCAGUCCCUAUGGGGUGCUUCAGCCAGCCGAUCAGAACCCAGGAUCGCGUCACCACCUCCACAGAGUCAUGAGACUCCAUACCCUGUCAGAGAGGAAAUCAAAUUCGGCAUCAACCGUUUAGUGAGCGAAAGGACUGAUAGAACUGAAGACGAAGAAGAGGAACAUCACAAUGAAACGCGACCCGAAGGCAUUUCACCAGCCUCGCGCUGUGGGAGUCCCUGCUGGGCGCCAUCACCACAGUCCCCACGAUCCAUUCGCUCCAGCUCCCCAGAACUUGAAGUAGACUCCCCUCCAUCAUCCCCAAGAAGACCUCCAGACACAUCUCCUCCUCCGAAAAGAUCGGAAGCUUUCUCCGUCAGUGCAUUGCUUCGGCCUGACGCCCCAAGAGUGCAGCCUCAAAGACCAUUCUUAUACCCUCCGCUACCUUUUGCCGAGUUUCUGAGAGACGCUGGUAGUCUUGGUCUUCCUGGUUGGGGAGGGUACAGCAACUUAUACCUGCAUGCUGUUCAGGCAGCUGGGCCAGAAUUCUUACGUCUCCGUGCAGCUGUUUUGGGAGCGCCUGGACCUCUAUCCAGACCUCUCCCUUUAGGAGAUGUGUACUCCUGCGUCAAAUGUGAAAAGAUGUUUAGUACUCCUCAUGGUUUGGAGGUCCAUGCUAGACGGUCUCAUAACGGGAAGAGGCCGUUUGCUUGUGAGCUCUGCAGCAAGACUUUUGGACAUGAAAUCAGUUUGAGUCAACAUAGGGCUGUCCACAGCGUAGAAAAGGUCUUUGAAUGCAAACAGUGUGGGAAGACCUUCAAGCGGUCCAGCACACUAUCUACUCAUCUGCUUAUCCACUCCGAUACCAGACCCUACCCGUGCCAGUACUGCGGGAAACGGUUCCACCAGAAGUCUGAUAUGAAGAAACAUACUUACAUUCAUACUGGCGAGAAACCCCACAAAUGCCAAGUCUGCGGCAAAGCGUUCAGCCAGAGUUCCAACCUGAUCACUCACUCCCGCAAGCACACGGGCUUCAAGCCCUUUGCCUGCGAACUCUGUGGCAGAGCAUUUCAGAGGAAAGUGGACCUUAGGAGGCAUAAGGAGACUCAGCAUGCAGACAUCAGACCCCCGCAGCCGCAUAUGCAGCCUCAUACGGAUGUGCAUGGCAUGCAUCCUACUGAUAUGCAUGCUGUUGCUGAGCAUCGGAUAGAUCUCCGUCCCCCCCACCCGGAUCUUCGCCAACACCCUGACUUCAGAGCUCACAUGAGCACUUCAGUGCCACCUCUUCAGCCUCUGCCCUCCUGAACUUCAACUGCCUUCGCGCCCCACUCCUGGCGUUAAGGCUCGAAGGUUCACCAGCAAUGGUGGAGCGAUGUGUAGUGAAAGAUACUUCUUGGUGAUUUUUUUAAAGCUGGCUGGUAUUAGCUGUUGAGUUUAUUUCAAAUUUGGAAUUUGUUUUGAACUUCGAGUUCGUUCCUGGGACUGGCUGGUAUUGAAUUCAAUUUUGGAAUUGUUUUUGAACUUCGACUUCGUUCCUGGGACUGGCUGGUGUUGAUUUCAAUUUUGGAAUUUUUUUUAAACUUCGAAUCGGUUUAAAAAUACUGGAAGAAUGGAAUUCAAAAUAUUUGAAACCAUGGUCAUCUUGUAGUUGUUGUUUUUGCACCAGAAAGGGGUCUAAGUUUUUUAAGAUAAUACUCAACAACAAAAAUGGAAAAAGUUUUUAUUUCCAUAAUAAGUUACUGAGCAGCAAAUAAUUUUCAUUCCACAUCGCUUUACUAUAAAAGCCUAACUAUGGUGUGUUGAAGUAUACCUGGUUCCAUUGCGAAAGAGGGAUGGUGAUAUGAACUCUGUAUAGUUACAUCUCGCUCUUACAAUGGCAAUAUGAUUUUGAGACAUGUCAUAGUUGGGCAAAGUAAAUCGUAGGUAAAUAUUAGGCAACAUACACAUUGUAUACAAAGUUAAAAAAAAAAUGUUACCGCAAUCCAAAAUGUAGUUAAGAUAAUUAUAUUGUAAUUAAAAUUUGAACGCUUUGUAAUUGUGAGUUUUUUGAUCUCAAAGUAAAAUACACAAUAAAAUAUCACAUAUAAAGUAAGUGUUGUGCAAAAUAAUUAAAUGAAAAAUACAUUAAAUAAAAUGAUCCGAAAUAAUUUUAUUUGAAUGAAACCGUUUAGAUUUUAAAUAUUAAUUAGAAAAAAAUACUCAAUAAUAAAAAUGCAACACAAUUUAUUUGAGCUGGUAUCAUCCAAAGAAUAUUAAGUUUUCUAUCACAAAAAUAUAUUUAAAUAAUGGACUGAUGGAAUCAUUCCAAAAUGUUUUAUUUUUCCAUAUAUUUAAAGACAUGAACAAUUUAGUUUUUAGUAAUAUUUUUUUAGAAACUGUACGUUUAUCACAAAUAUUUACAUUACAUUAUUUUGACAUCAUUCCGUGUUAAGAAAAAUAAAAGUAACAAAAUGAUUAAUUAAAUAUAAGUAGAAACUACAACCACCAAAGAAGCAUUUAUUUAUACAAAUAAAUAUUGGCAGUAAAAUACACCACCAUGGCAACUGUAACAAUUAAAAAAUAAAAUAAAAUAAUUUUACCAAAAUAAAUAAUAAUAAUGUGUCAUAUUAUACAUAUAAAAUCGCCAUAAUUGCACUAGAUUAGAAUUAUUGUAGAAAAAUACUCGCAUAUCAAUAUCAUAUUCAUAAUACUUUUAAUUAAUUAUAUUUAAAUGAAAUCGAAUUAUGUAAAAUAUUUAGCUGAUUUAUUUUUAAGAAUUAGUAAUAAGAAUGUACAAAAAAUGUUGUCUAUUUUUAUGGCUGUAAUCUUAUGUAAAAGCACUUAGAAGUAAUUCGCUGAAUUUCAGAAUAAUAUUAGACCUUACAAUACGUGAUUAUUCUUAUUUUUUCAAUUAAAUAAUAUUGUAAAAAAAUAUCACAAUAGUCUGGUAAAUUCCUUAUUCAGUUUUUUUUUUGUAAAUAAUUGAUAAAUAAGAGUAAUUAAAAAUAUAUUAUAAUGUGAAAUCCAUUAUGCCAAAGUCACAUAGAAAAAUAGUGGUUUAGAGUCACCGAAAUAUUAUUUAAAAUGAUAACAUUCCUUACAAUUUUGUGUGCGCUUAAAAGACAAAAUAGGUGUUAGAUUUAAAAUAAUAAAAAAAAAAAACACAAAUAAGGUCGCAUUCCAUUUACACAUAACUAGUAGAUUUUUAAAAUCGUUCAUCAUAACAUAAAAGAAGAAAAGGGAAUAUUUUGUCAUAUCAUUUUUUUUUGUUUCCUACAUAAUACGUAUACCAAAAAAAAUAUUUAUAAUUUUACGUGUAGUUAAUCCUCAUUAUAAUAUUCUACUUUAUUAAUUAGAAUCGAAACAUAACAUGUAGAAAAAAAAUGUUAAAUCAUUUCUAUUGUUUCCAAUAUUUGUAAAUAAAAAUUCAAAAAUGUUUUCUGAAAAUUUUCUUAAAAAAUUGUAUGUUAUUAAAUGUAAAGUCAAUGUAAAUAUUGUAUAAACUUUGAAACUAGUUAUGUUAACGAUCCCAAAGAAAAACGUGCAAUCCUAAAGGUCGUAAUUUACGAGUUAUUAUUGUAAGCAACUGUCACUUCAAUAAAUAUGAUGAUGUAUA